UUGUUUAUUAUGCAGCAUUUAGUUCAUUGCUAAUCGAUUCCCGAAUACUUUUCUGUUUGCUCUAUAACACACGAUAUAAGUCACAGAAUAUUAUGCCAUUUUACACACAAAACCUUAUAUAAGAAGGAUUAGAAAACGUCAUCCAUAGCUCUUUCGUAGCUAGGGUUGUUCGAGACCUAGAAAUUUUGGAGUCGACUCCGAUUCGGAUUCUGUUUCCAUAGCUUUUAGGAAUCGAUUCGAAAACUUACAAUGGUUUAUUUACUUAACGGAAGCACAAUUAAAACGCUAAACAGACAGAAUAUACUGUGUAAUAUCGAUUAACCGGUAAAAUACGUGUUUGCUGCUUUUGUACUUGACCUUCAGCCUAAACUCAAUAAAGAACCGACUUUCAAGCUUCGGAAGCGGCUUCCUACUCCCAAUGCCUGGAAUCGGAGAGUCGACUCUCAUUGGAAUCGAUUCCCAGCUCCGUUUAUAUGCAAUAACAAUAGUCGUACAGGUUCAUCUGUCAUAAGCAGCAUGAUAACGCUCCUGAGCUUCUGGUGACUCGGUGGGCGCCAUGCAGAGACGCCACAGUAGUAAUACAGAUGGCAUGCCAACUGAAAGGAACAGGAGUCAAACGCUCGGGUCCGAGAGCAGUCUGGAUGAAGGAGGUGUGUUUGAUUGUUUAAAGCCCGAGUCUUCCACCUCGCCCCAGCAGCUCUUCUCAGGCCUGGUGGGCGUGUCUGCCAGUUCCGUGACCUCGGCCCCGUUCCAGGCUGCUGGACUCGUCCUCGGGUCUCCUCCCGAGGUCUUCAUCCAGAUGACUACUUUGUCGCGGGAGGACGGCUCUCACCGGGCAGAGAAUGCAGCGUUUCUUCCUCGCCCUGCCCAGCACCAUCAUCAUCACCACCAUCAUCAUUUCCACCAGUCGGGGCAGCACCGCUCCGCCCUGCUUCAUUCAGCGUCCUCGGCUGAGAGACGGAGCAGCAGGGACGAUGGAGGAGACGACGCGUCUGCUCCGGCUCCUGCUCUGUCCGAACUGAAAGCUGUGGUCACGUGGCUGCAGAGAGGAUUCCCCUUCAUCCUCAUCCUCCUCAUUAAAGUCUGUUUCCAGCACAAACUUGGUAUUGCCGUGUGCAUUGGCAUGGCCAGCACGUUCGCCUUCGCUAAUUCAACUCUAAAGCACCAGGUGUCGCUACGGGAGGAGAGGUCCAGCUUUGUCGCUGUUUGGAUUCUGGUGUUUCUAGCAGGCAACAUUGUGUAUGUGUAUUACACGUUCAGUGCUGAGGAGCUGCACAACAGUCUGAUAUUCGCCAAGCCGAACAUUAACAGUUAUGAUUUCUUCGACCUGAUCUGGGUGGUCGGAAUCACCGACUUUGUGCUCAAGUACUUCACCAUGGCUGUCAAGUGCCUCGUUCUCUUCCUACCCAAAAUCCUCCUGGCUUUCAAAUCCAGAGGAAAGCUUUAUCUGCUUAUCGAAGAGUUCAGUCAGCUCUUUCGUGCUCUGGUGCCCAUCCAGAUGUGGUACAAGUACAUCAUUGGCGAGGAUCCAUCCAGCAGCUACUUCCUGGGUGCAGCAUUGAUUAUCAUAUACAGCCUGUGCAAGUCAUUUGACCUCUGUGGAAGACUAUCAGGUAUUCGGAAAGCCUUCGCCGUGCUCUGUAGCUCGCAGAAUUACGGUAUGAGGGCCAGCACGCAGCAGUGCAGUGAGGCAGGAGAUGUGUGUGCAAUCUGCCAGGCUGAAUUCAGAGAGCCACUCGCUCUGCUCUGUCAGCAUGUGUUCUGCGAAGACUGCCUGUGUCUGUGGUUCGACCGGGAACGGACGUGUCCGCUGUGCCGUGCGGUCGUCGUGGAAACGCCUCGCAGCUGGAAGGACGGCACCACGUCCGCACACUUUCAGAUCUACUGAUCGGAUGUGACGUGAAACUCCCGUCGAAGCGUCUAGAAAUAAGUUUUGUGUUCACGCCGGGGAAAAUCACACGGUAGGGUGUAGAAACGGUGAAAAGAUGCGUCGAGCCGCAUACAGAAUUUUUAAUCGCAUCUCGAUUCCCAGAGCCCCGUCCCGUCUCGUAGCACGGACUUUAUCUCCUUUUAAAUCCAUCGGAAGCGCCGUUGCUCUGUUCCGCCGCAUCAGCACUAAUUAAGCAUACCUCUGAUAUAAAAACAACACCUUGCAGAAAGGAAAAGGCUUGCCAGUUAUGCAGUGUUGCCCUCUACUGUUUCUCCACAGCAGCGUCGUUUAUCUCAUAGCCUUCGAAAUGCUAAACCGUGUUCAGAAAUAUUCUAAUGCAUGAUGAUCUAUGACUGUACUUUCAUUUUUACUUACACGAUUAAAAGCCUCUUUCAGUAACAACCCCCCCACCCCCACCCCCAGAAAAUCAGUCAAAUUCUUCUCAUUUGCUCAAUUCAAAAGCCUUUUAUUGUCAGAAAUCACAGAAAAUCACAAUAUCAAAAUAGCAGAGGUAAAUCACGUGGAAUAAAAACACACAGUAACGCGAGCUAGCUUCAUAAUCCAGUGUGUAGAAAAGAUCGCAGCGUAUGUAAACAUCGGAUUCACAUUAUGCCGUGUUUGAGUUUGUAGGGACGUUUUUCUACGUUAACACUUCCAGCGACCGUCGAGUCAAAGCCCUUUAUAUAAAAAGCUCUAGAAAAGAUUUGUGUUGAUAGAGAAAUACCUACUGUAGGUCAAAAUACAGCUCCGACAGUUCUAGCGUACACAUCUACAUCGUCAUAAAGAGCCUCGGAUCAGAAGGAGAUAAAAACCAGGAAACUAACGCGAGAAGGAAGAAACUCCUGAAUCGAAAGAAAGACGGAAAGAAACGAAAGACAUUGCCUAAAUUGAGAGAAAUAAACACACAAAUAUAUAUAUAUACUUAUAUAAACACAGGAAUAAAUACGUCAGAGAAAUCAAUAUACGAAUUCAUGAAUGAAGGAAGAAAGGACGUCGUUCAGAGAGAAUGACUGAACGAGAAGAAAGAAAGAAGGAA